AUGAUAUGUGAUCUCCUGGAUACAAUACACACACACACAAGUACCAGGCACUGCUGCUCAGCUGAGCAAAAUGUCUUUCUCUUAGAAGUGGUGCUCAUCACAGCUUUCAAAUCCUUGACGAUGUUGCCAUGCUUUCCUUUCUGCCUUCUGCCUUUUUCUGUCUUUGUCUGCCUGCUUUUCUUACCCGUGGGUCAUUUUUGCCCUGCUGUCUGUAGCUGUAUGGACUACCACACCAUAGAUUGCCGGGAUCAAGGACUCCCAAGUGUUCCUAAUCCAUUUCCAUUGGAUGUACGGAAACUUCUUAUAGCUGAUAACAACAUUCAGGUGAUACCAGCUGAUUUCUUUAUAUUUUAUGGAGAUCUAGUCUAUUUGGACUUCAGGAAUAACUCCCUCACCUCUUUAGAAGAGGGCACUUUUAGCAGUUCUACCAAACUGGUGUAUUUAGACUUAAGCUACAAUAAUUUAACACAGCUUGAUGCUGGGAUAUUCAAAUCAGCAGAAAAACUGAUAAAAUUGAGCCUUGGAAACAAUAACCUGGUGGAUGUGGAUGAGGCUGCUUUUGAGAACCUGGAACAGCUCCAAGUGUUAGAAUUGAAUGACAAUAACUUGCAAAGCCUAAAUGUGGCAGCCCUAGAAGCGCUUCCCUCCCUGCGGACUAUACGCUUAGAGGGCAACCCUUGGGUCUGUGACUGUGACUUUGCCAAUCUUUUCAGCUGGAUACAGGACAAUGCAUCUAAGCUCCAGAAAGGUCUCCAUGAAAUCCAGUGUUCCCUGCCUGUAGAAAAUAGAAGAAUCUUUCUGAAUGAAUUAUCUGAGGUCAGCUUUAGUGAAUGCAAAUUUAAUUUGUCAUUGACGGACCUUUUUAUCAUCAUCUUCUCUGGAGUCGCAGUCUCCAUUGCUGCUAUUCUAUCAAGCUUCUUCUUAGCAACUCUAGUACACUGCUUCCAAAGAUGUGCUCCCAGUAAAGAUGACGAUGAUGAUGAAGACGACAGUGAGGACUGAACUUAGUCUAUAUACUUAAGUUUCCUUGGUUUAUAAGUUACUAGAUCAUCAGCCAAAGUCUAGGAAGAAAACAAGUAGAGUAAAAGCUUUAAACAUGAAUUAAAUGAAAUCACAAUGUGUAAGGAUCCCUUCUAAUCUCAUGAUGGUCACAGGUAGGAAUUGUAGUUUGCAUCUGAGACUGUUAGCUUUGCUUACGUAUGUAACCUGAUGCAAUGAGACCGGGUUAAUUUCUAUGAUGCUUAAUCAAACACUGCAUUUAAAUUUGAAGAUUGGAGGAAAAAGGGGGAAAGGCAAAAAAAAGUUCCAGUGUUUUAAAAGACUAACUCACAGCUUCCAGAUUGUGCUUCUG